GUAUUAAAAUAUUAAAUAUUUAAAUAAGAAAAAGUGAUUGUGCAACGUAAAAUAAUUGUAAAGUAUUAAAAAUGGGACUAAAACAUUUGACAAUCGCGUUCUGUUUGGUAUUUAUACUAAUGAAAGAAUUAAAUUGUGAAAAUAUUGACAAUAACGAUUUCGAACGUUUCUGCUAUCCAGCAGCACAUCAAAAUACGCGUAAAUCUUGCGAGUGCAGUAACGAGAGCGAUCCACCAUGGGGUUUGCGUGCAUUGCAUAUUGACUGCAGUUUCAAAUAUUUACGCACAGAGGAUUUAUCAGAAGCUCUGCCAUUGUAUGCAAAUACCUUGGAUAUGUCAUGGAAUUCAUUGGAUAAAUUGCCACAGUUUGCUUGUGACAGCUUGAAACAACUCAAUUUAAUACAUAAUAAUAUUUCAGUUGUGGUGAGCAAAAAUUUUAUAAAGUUGCCCAAAUUACGUCAACUAUAUUUGAGUUGGAAUAGUAUACAAGUCAUAGAACCAAAUGCAUUUGAAGGUUUGGGAAGUUUGCAAAUUUUGGAUUUGUCCCAUAAUAAUUUACAUGCGCUGAGCUCACAAAUGUUUCUACCAAUGUUGUUGUUGGAAAAUUUGAAUCUAUCUUGGAAUCGCUUAUUGAAUCAAACUGUUGGCAUACAGGAGCUUGAGUUUUAUCAAACAUUUGGUAUUAGUCCCAAAUUACGUAUAUUGAAAUUGGAAGCUUGUGGUCUUGCCAAUAUAAUUCUGCCUGAAAAAGCACCUUUGGUUGAAUUAAAUUUACGUCGCAAUCGUUUCAAGCGAAUACCAGAAACUCUACCGAGUGAUCUACAAAAAUUAGACGUCAGUGAAAAUUUGUUAACAUCAUUAUUGCCAGCAGACACCAAAAACUUAACGAAAUUAAAUGAAUUGUUGCUGGAGGAUAUGCCUUUAUUAGAGACUAUUGAAGAGAACUCUUUGGUACCAAUGCAGUCAUUGCAAGAAAUUAGUUUCCAAAAUUGUCGAAGAUUGAAAUCGUUUCAUGCAUAUGCAUUCGGUGUCAAUACUACUAAACAUCCACAGCUAAAGUCAAUGAUUUUUCGGGGUUCUACUUUGCGUAGCUUUAAUUCUACUCUGUCGCCAAUAUUCAAUCAACUUACCGAUUUGGAUCUUAAAGGAAUGCCGCUAUAUUGUUACUGUGAAUUAAAUUGGGUUAAGGAUUUACCUAUGGAGACUCAUGGGCGUUGCUUCAAACCAUCACGAUUACGCGGUCUAUCACUAACCAAAGCACGUGCAUCUGAUUUCAGCUGUAGCUACUGGCCUCAAUGGAUUUCUGGUUUAAUAAUUUUGUGUCUUAUUAUAUUGUGUGCAGGUGGUAUUUAUUUGAUCGUAAUGUGUCUGCGUCCACAUCGUGGAAGUGUAACGAUGCGUCGUAAAGUCGGCGCAGGAAGUCCAUAUGCUAGGGUAACAAUAGAGCCAAAUAGACAAGAAAAUAAUCAAUUUUAGUUUGCCUUUUAAGUUUAAACAAAUUAUUGAUUUUUUUUCUAAUUAAGUAGAA